AUGGCUGGCAGACCCGCUGCGCUCAACAAACGCCUAAUCCAAGAACUCCACAAAACCCGACAAGAGGACAACCCGGCACUAACGUACCUCGCUCCUCCCGACGACAGCGACCUACACCACUGGCGUGCCGGGCUUCGGGGUACGCCCGAUUCUCCUUACGAAGGCGGUGUAUGGGAUAUCGAUAUUAUCAUCCCGGAUAACUACCCUCUCGCGCCGCCGACUAUCAAAUUCAUUACCAAGAUAUGCCAUCCGAAUAUCAACAUUAAGACCGGCGAAAUCUGUCUUGAUCUCCUGAAGUCCGAAUGGUCUGCCGCGUAUACGAUUUCGUCAACCAUGACCGCGAUACAAACCCUGCUCACAAGUCCCGAGCCAAACAGUCCACUGAACGUAGAUGCAGCGGCCUUGCUCAAUGAUGGAGAUACGAUGGGAUAUGAGAGUUUGGUCCGGUACUACGUCUGGCGAUAUGCAAGGAAGGAAACGGAUUUGUGA